UGGUGUUUUUUGGGAAUAGCUAUGGCUCAGAAACCGGUAAAUACGAGACUCUGAGUACGAUAAUCUGGCAAUGGGAUGUAAACAAUGGCCGCCUCCCUGAGCACCGUGUUCGCCGGGCUACUGCGGGGCGCCGGCGGGGGUAGGCUGGCGCAGGGGUGGCGUCGAGGAAUAUUCUACAGCCAUGCAUUGAGGUGUGAGGCAGCUGAGGGGGAGGAAGGGGAGGGGGCAGCCAAGGCAGAGAUUGACCCCGCCAAAAUGAGGGAUAAGAUCAUACCUGUGGAGACGAGCAUCAAGUACAUGCAGAGUGAAGCAUACCAAACCACCUACGGCAGUGACCCCGUGUGGAAAAAGUACAGGAGAAACUUCAGGGGCGCCUUUCCUCCGACCAAGACCAGGAAGACGUGCAUUCGUAAGGAAGUCAUCUCCACCGGCAACCCGUGUCCAAUAUGCCGAGAUGAGUUCCUGGUGCUGGACCCCAUCAACACAGGCCUCCUCAAGCAGUUCAUCUCCCCGCACAACAACGGCAUCCUGCCUACCAAGAUCACGAACCUCUGUCAGCGGCGGCACAAGCAGCUGGAGGUGGCAGUUCACAAGGCUCGGGACAUUGGCCUCCUCACCUUUGACGUGCCCUUCCGCCGCUACCACUACCCCGACUACUACCCGCCCUUCAUGACGGCCGACACAACCACCACAAGUACACCCGCAUCAUCCACAGCCUCUGACGCAUCCGCUAGUACUCCUGCAUCUCCACCUCCAUCCACCUUGGCAUCUCCGUAAUCUUAAGUACGUGUGGGACUCCCCUCCACUUCCUCCUCCUCCUCCGUCACCUCCACCUCUUCUGUUCCUCUGUUUUAUUCACAUCUCCUUUGUCUCAAGUCCCUCUUCUCUCCUCCCCCCAAACUCUACCACUGCCUUGCUUCACCUUUUUGUAAUCUCUCCUCCAUAUGUUAAAGAAGUUUGGGUCAUUUAUUUAUUUGAGUCUUGAAUUACGUCUUAUUUACUUGCUUAACUUCUUUUGUUGUGCUUUAUCCAUUGUGUAUAUGUCACUUCCUGGGAUAGAUGAAGAGUGUAUGGAUAAUUGCCCUAUUUGUCUCUCUCUCUCCUAUAAUUACACUUCAUCAAAUUUUCCCUCUACAUUAUUCAGCUCCACUUUUCUAAUCUCUGGUGGUGGAUUGAUUUGGUGGCAUGCAAGCAUCAGGCAGCAAAAACUGUCUUGGAUAAUGUAAAGACAUGUUCCCAUUUUUCCCUCUCCUUUUCAUGAUGCAUUGUGUAAUUUUGUGUUAGAUUUAUUUUCAUGUCUCCUCCAGUCAUUGUCUGGUUAAUUUUUGUUUAAUGUUCCAAAAUCUGGAGUAAGGAAGUGAGAGAUGUAUGUAAAUAUUACCUCAAGGUAGUGAGAUCAUUUUGUACAUAAAGGAUAAGUCAAGUAAA